UUCCCUAGACAAAAGUGUAUUACACUGAAGAAAAAAGCCAAGAAUCUGCUUGUGAUGAGUGCUCAGAGUUUAAAUUAUUCUGCAAAUAAUACAUUUGUUCGUCCAGAAAUGUUUUAUAUAAGAGGUUUACGUGACAUUUCCUUUGCUAGUUGUUUGUAUAUUUUUUUAUUUAUUGUGUAUAUUUUUGCAGUGUUUUCAAAUGUAUUUGUCAUUAUAUUAAUAAAUUUAGAUCAAAGUCUUCACAAUCCAAAAUAUCUUGCUGUUAGUCACUUGGCCUUAGUUGAUUUAGGCACAACUACAGCUGUCAUCCCUAAAGUAAUAGAAAUGUUUCUUUUCAACUUCAGUUUUAUUUCAUAUGAAGCGUGUUUAGCUGAUAUGUUUUUUGUUCAUUUCUUUAACUCAAUGCAGUCAGUUUCACUGGUAAUAUUAGCUUAUGACCGCUUUCUUGCAAUAUGCUUCCCUCUUCAAUAUCACAGCAUUAAUACUAACAGCAGGAUGGUAAGAAUCAUAGUGUCACUCUGGAUGUUUGUUGCAGUCACUGUUUCCAUAACUGUACUUCUAAUCACAAGACUCAGCUUCUGCAAGUCGACUGUGAUAAACAGUUAUUUUUGUGAUCAUGGACCUGUGUACAGAUUAGCCUGCAAUGAUUCCUACCCAAACCUAAUAGCUGGAUGGCUCGAUACAGCAUUGUUUCUUUUUAUACCACUAGGCCUCAUUCUCUGUUCUUAUAUACUUAUUGGGGUUGCACUGUUAAAAAUUGCAUCAACUGAUGGAAGGCAGAAAGCAUUAAAAACCUGCAUUUCACACAUCAUCUUGGUUAUAAUAUUUUAUGUUCCCCUGGCUAUUACAUACAUUACAGCACAAUUUGUUGAUUCCAAUGUAAGGAUUCUUAAUAACUCUCUAUCUGCUACAAUUCCAUCAAUGCUGAACCCCAUUAUUUACACACUAAAAACUGAAGAGAUGAAGGCAGCUAUAAAGAAACUUUACAAAAGAAUAAGUAGGGGAAGGGAAGGUAAAGUAAUCAAUAUCAAGUUUCCAGUGCAGUAACUGUGUUUUUUUUUUCUCUUUGCAUUAAAUAGUAAAACAACUGCAGCUAAUACCUAAGCAGGUAAAUUUCAGUAUAUUUAUACUUAUUUACUAUUUGUAUUUAAUUAAAUUUAAUUUAAGAAUUGUUCAUUGAUUGUGAACACUUUUGCAAAUCUGUGGCAUCAAAUAAAUGUGUAUAAAAGCACACUAAUUGUUU